AUGGUUGGUGCUGACCUCUGCAACUACAAGGGACAUAACUACCUGGUACUCGUGGACUACUUUUCACGGUACUUGGAGGUGGCCUACAUGCCAGACACCACCUCAGAGACUGUCGUGUACAAACUGAAAAACGUCUUCGCUCGGUUUGGCAUUCCAGAACUACUGGUGACUGACAACGGUCCUCAGUUUGUGUCAGACCGUUUCCACAAGUUCGCCAAGGGCUGGGGAUUUAAACACACGACCAGCAGUCCUCAUUUUCCCCAGAGCAACGGCGGGUCGGAGAGAGCAGUCGAGGAAGCGAAGAAAGCCCUGAGUCAGGACGACCCAUUUCUCGCACUCCUGAUCUACAGGUCUACACCGGUGUCACCGACGGGGGCGAGCCCAGCGGAACUUGCUCUUGGGCGACGCCUGAGGACGACCCUGCCAACUCUACCGUCAAACCUGAACCAGCAGGUCUACGACAGGGCGAAGAUUGCAGCCAGAGACGCUGAACGUCACGGAGCCCAGAACCUCCCGGAGCUGAAUCCUGGUCAGCUCGUCCUGCAGAAGCUGGAGAACGACAAGGAGUGGCGUGGCCCUGCGGUUGUCAAAGAACGGUGUGCACCGAGGUCUUACAUCAUACAGUCUGGGGAUAGGGCUUACCGCCGGAACCGCAAACACCUGAAGCCCUACGUCGACCCUCCUUCCAUGCCUUCUUCACCUGUUGCCACCCCAGAGCCUACUCCAAUGUCCGUUCCCUUACCUCCGCCACCAGCUGUCCAGCCGAUGGAGCCUGAUGUCACACCACCAUCACCUCAGCCAGCAGCCGUUCCAGCCAGUCCAGCUCCAAUAACUACACGAAGUGGACGAGUGGUCAGGAGACCCGCUCGUUACCCGGACUGA